AUGAUUUCCGCGCUUCUCAAGGGCAAGGCUUUCCGCUCCUUCUGCCUUCCGUUCCGCACUCCCGCAUCUCCUGCCGCCACUCCCGUAGCGCGAGUCACCCUACCAGCUUCUGUACGUUCUGAGCUAUUUCCCUCCGCCCACCCGUUCGCCAUGGCCGCCGUUGCCGCCGCACCUCCAGUGGCAGCAGCGGGCAGUGCGGCAGCGGGCGCGGGAGCAGCGGCGGCGGAGAUUCAACAGCCGCGGAAGGCCGUGCGCAAGCUGCUGUCGCGGGAGCAGGCGGAAGGCGCGGGGGCGCGCGUCAGGCGCAGCAUCGGCAGGCCGGAGCUGCGGCAGCUGGACCCCUUCCUCAUGCUCGACGAGUUCAAAGCGGAGAACGCAGCAGCAGGCUUUCCAGACCACCCCCACCGAGGCUUUGAAACCGUCUCCUACCUGAUUCAGGGGUCGUUCGUGCACGAGGAUUUCAACGGCCACAAGGGGCAGCUGCACGCGGGGGACGUGCAGUGGAUGACAGCUGGCAGGGGCGUGGUGCACUCGGAGAUGCCAGGAGAGGGCCCCACACACGGGCUGCAGCUCUGGGUCAACCUGGCGGCUAAAGACAAAAUGGUGCCAUCGGCCUACCAGGAGCUAAAGGACGCUGACAUUCCCAAGGCAUCCCUCAACGGGGUGCACGUGGCCGUCAUUGCCGGCACCGCCCUCGGCGUCUCCUCCCCCGUCGUCACCCGCACACCCACCUCCUACCUCUCCUUCCGCCUCGACCCUGGCGCGCACCUCGCGCAACCGCUCCCCACCGCGUGGAACGCCUUCAUCUACACGCUGUCUGGCAGCGCCAGCAUCGGGGAGAGGGGGACUGAGCCCACGGGGGCGCACCACACGGUGGUGCUGGGGGCGGGGGACGGCGUGCACGUGUGGAACAACGGCGCUGAGGAGUGCCGCUUUGUGCUGAUAGCGGGGCAGCCUAUAGGCGAGGCGGUGGUGCAGUACGGUCCCUUUGUGAUGAACACAGAAGAGGAGAUCCAGCAGGCUCUCAGUGACUACCGCCGCGGGGUGAACGGCUUUGAGAAGGCCCGCACGUGGCGCUCCGUGCAUGGGCGGAUCCGCACGCGCGCAAUGCCCGCCGCUCCCCCGCAGUCCUGCGCGCUGCUCCCCCCUCUCCUCGCCGUCGGCGCGCUCACCUCUCUCGCGCUCGCCCUCGCCGCCCUCCACUUCUCCCUCCGCCGCCGCCUCCCCCCUCCGCGCGUGCUCAAGCGCGCCGCCGCGCUCUGCCUGCUCUACACGCUCGCGCUCGCGCUCCUCUCACUCCCCGCGCCCUUUGCGCCCGCAUUCAGCCCCUGCGCUGCCCCGCGCGCGGAUAACAAUGCGGGGGCGGCGCGAGAACUAGGGGAGAAGGACGGGGUAGGCAGAGGAAAUGAGGUGGGCGGAGGGGGGUGGGCGCGCGGAGAAGAAAAAUGGGUAGAUGGCGCGGGAGGCGGAGGGCUGAGCAGAGGGGAGGAGGUGGAGAGAAGGAAGGCGGAGGCGGAGGGGGAAGCGACGGGGAAAGCAGGAGAGGCGAGGGCGAGAGAGGCAGGGGAAGAGCGGGAGAUACUGGAGGGGGAGGUGAAUGCAGGGGUGCGAGGAGAGGUGGCAGGUGCAGCAGCAGGUGAUGUGGCGGUGGAUACCGGCAGUGCUGCUACAACUCGCCGCACAGGUGGCAGCGCGAGCAAGGGUGGUGACAGCGCUGGUGGCGCGGAGGUAGAGGGCGCGGAGGGUGGAGCGGAGGGCGGAGAGGGCGGGGAGCGCGGAGAGGGCGCGGAGGGCAGAGAGGGCGCGGAGGGCGGAGAGGCAUGCGCGCAGCAGCUGCAGCGCAACACGCUGUACGCGCUGCUGCACGAGCCCCCUUUCCUGGAGCAGGCGCGGCGCCUGUGGGUGCUGAACCACGUGGUGAACAGCACCGCGCUCGCUCACCUGGUUGAAGCCAUGCGCGCCCACGGGGUCAAGGACGAGCAGGACAUGCUCAUGCGCCCGCUCAACCUCUCGCUCAUCGCCACGCUCGACCGCUCCCUCUGGACCACCGCUGUCACCGGUGCGCGCCUUCCCCCCAUUCCCUGCUGGUGCGCGCCUUCCCCCCAUUCCCUGCUGUCACCGGUGCGCGCCUUCCCCCCAUUCCCUGCCUGCCCUCCAUCCCAUGUGCUCACGUGUACUGAAGCAUGCCCGCAGAACGAGGCGCGCAACUUGAUGUUGGAGCAUGCACGCAGGGAGGGGGCGCAGUGGGUCCUCACCUUUGACGGCAACCAGUUCCUCACGGCCGAGGCGUGGCGGUUGAUAGUGCAGGCGGCGGACCGGCACGAGAAGAGGGGCUUUAAGGUCUUCAAGUCUUCCCCUUGGCGAUGCAGUCAUGUGCCAUGCAGUCAUGUGCCAUGCAGUCAUGUGCCGUGCAGUCAUGUGCCGUCAGUCAUGUGCCGUGCAGUCAUGUGCUGUGCAGUCAUGUGCCGUGAGUCAUGUGCCGUGCAGUCAUGUGCCGUGCAGUCAUGUGCCGUGCAGUCAUGUGCCGUGCAGUCAUGUGCCAUGCAGUCAUGUGCCAUGCAGUGUGUGCGUAUCUGCCCCCCCCGACCAUGUACCCAAGCACCAUCCGUGGUGCCCCACGCACUGCGCCCACCCCCCCCACUUCAGGUACCCAUGUACAGGGUGCACCGGGAGCAGUCGCCCACAUGGCUCAACGCCUCCUCGCGCUUCAUCAAUCUGCGUCGCUUCGCCCCCCACCUGCACGAGAGCCAACUCGCCUUCCGUGCCGAUGCACCCUACCGCUACCAGCCGGGUGGGUGUGCCAUGCUGCAUGCCCUGUGCUCCUGCAUGGCGUACGGGCAGGACAACAAGAUGGAGCUGCUCACACGUGUGUGCGGGUCCGGCAAGUUCCGGAAGAAGCACUUCCGGCUGUGGCAGCUGCAGGCAGAACAGGCGCAGCAGCAAGCCAUGCUGGUGGAACAGCAGGUAGAGAAAGAGGGGCAGGAGGGGCAGGCGGGUCAUGCAGGGCUGGGGAAGGAGCAGGAGCAGCAGGGGCGGGAGAGGGCAAUGGGCAUGGCUGAACUGCCUGAGAUGAACGAUGAUGAUGGGGGGGAGGGCGAGGGCGAGGAGGAGGAGGUGGAGGUGGACAAGGGGCGGUGUGGGUGCCACAGGGAGGUGGGGGUGGAUGCGGGGUACCAGCGCGGGAAGCAGCUGGUGGCGUACGAGUGCGGCUACAGCAUCCGCCUGUGGUACUUCCCAUGCGCCCACGUGGACGCGGAGAAGAUGUUCCUCAGGGCGCACUACAGGGCGCAUCUCAGGGAGGAGGGCCGGCAGCAGCUGCACGCCUUGAUUGAGCGCGCUAUAGAGGGGGCUGUCAAGGGGUGGCACAAUAAAACGAUGCAGUAG